AGCAUAGUAGAAACUCCACUCCACUCCACACUUGUCUGUCUCUUACACUCUGCUCUUUACACAUAGUGAGUGUGAAAAUGGUUGUUAUUGGUGAUAAAAUGCCAAUGGGGUGUGUGUUAUUGGGAGUGUGUGUUGGUCUGGUAAUGUUGAUGAGUUCGGGAGUUAGCUCAUCUAAAUUUGAUGAGCUUUUCGAACCUGGUUGGGCCAUGGACCAUUUUGUUUACGAAGGAGAGACUCUUAAGAUGAAACUUGACAACUUUUCUGGAGCCGGGUUCUCAUCGAAAAAUAAGUACAUGUUCGGAAAAGUCACAGUGGAUAUUAAGCUUGUGGAGGGUGAUUCUGCCGGAACAGUCACUGCUUUCUAUAUGUCAUCCGACGGUCCAAAGCACCACGAAUUUGAUUUUGAAUUUCUGGGUAAUACAAGUGGUGAACCAUAUCUUGUUCAGACAAAUGUGUAUGUUAACGGUGUCGGAAACAGGGAACAAAGGUUGAACCUAUGGUUCGACCCAACCUCGGACUUCCACUCCUACUCCAUCCUCUGGAACCAACGCCAAGUUGUAUUUUUGGUGGAUAAUACGCCAAUUAGAGUGCACUCGAACUUGGAACACAAGGGUGUGCCUUACCCGAAAGACCAGGCCAUGGGCGUGUACAGUUCAAUAUGGAAUGCAGAUGACUGGGCCACUCAGGGAGGCCGUGUCAAGACAGACUGGUCCCAUGCGCCAUUUAUAGCUUCGUACAAGAACUUUAACAUUGAUGGUUGCGAGUGUGAGACCACGGUGAAUGCAGCUAACAUGUUGCAGCAAUGCAGUAGUAGUGCUGAAAAGAAGUUCUGGUGGGAUGAGCCUAGAUUGGCUGAGUUGAGUCUGCAUCAGAGCCACCAGCUGUUGUGGGUUCGGGCUAAACAUAUGAUAUAUGAUUAUUGUAGUGAUGCGGCUAGGUUCCCGGUGACUCCUUUGGAGUGCCAGCACCAUCACCACCAGCAUUAGCAAGUAGUAAUCGAGUCAAAUCUUUAAGUAGGGUUUAAAGUCUCAAUGUAAAAUUUCCAAGAAGAGGGAACUCCUUGUUUUACCUUGGGUCACAUUUUGUAAGAUAAGGGUCAUUUUAAUUUGAUUUUAUUUACCACAUUA